GUUGUAAAAUGCGCUGUUUGUCGCAGUCUCAUGACUGAGCUCCACAGUUCCAUUUCUCAGGUAGACCCCAGGAAAAAAAUAGACGUUGGUUCAUAUCGGAUUGAUGCUGACGGAAAACAGAAAUUGUCAUCAGUGAAGUACGCAGGCUCUGAGCUGCACAUGAUGGAACUUCUGGAGUCGGUGUGUGAGAGCAUGAAGGACUAUGCACAGGCCCGGCACAAGGAAACCGGCCGACUGGAAGCUAUCAAGCUGGUAGUGAAUGGAGGCAUGAACCCACGCUUCAGUGAGUAUGAAAUGGUGCAGGACCCUGAUCUCAACAAGGGCCUUGAAUUCCACUGCAACACACUGGUGGAGGAGUACGAGGAUGAGUUGGUGGCUCACUUCCGGGAGAAUGCAGAGAGUGAUGUUGAGAAUUUACAGGAGACUUUUUGCUACGAGGUGUCGAACGUGUGCACUGGGAUCAAGGACGAAUUGUAAUGAUAAAUUUUUAGGUUUAAUCAUUCAGAGCCAGCAUAAGUAUUCCAUGUAAACAUGUUCUGUGUUAUUUUUUUACAUAGAUUUGUAUGUAUAUGUGAAAAGAGUAUUUUAUUUAUGCAUUUCCUUGUUGUCUAAUAUUUAAGAACAUGUUAAUAUAUAAUGACUUGUGAUAAAGAUAUAAAUUGUGAUGAAGUUAUUACAUUUAAGAAAAGAAAUUUAACUCCUGCAGAUGUAUCCAGUUGAAUUAUUACAAAUGUAUAAGUUUUCCAUUAUUAUUAUUACAUGGAAAUAAAAGAAUUGGAAUGCUAUCAAUCUACACUUCAGAUUUCAGAUUCAUUGGUUCAUCCCAAGUAUGAUGGUGAUCAUUAUAGUAAUGCCUUUAGAUAAUUUUAGAUUAUAGUACAUGGUAUAAACAAUGAGACUAUUAUUGGACAAAGUGAAAAUCUCUAAAGAAAUUUUCUGGAAUUAGAAUUGCUCAGAGAGAGAAAGGACAGCCUUCUUAAGAACAUUAUAGUUUUUGUAUCCUUCAAGCGUGCUACUAAAACAUUUAAAAGAAAUUUACAGUGAAAAGUUCUAGAACUUGUGUUAUACAUUCCUCAAAUUUGUUUUUGAUUGAAUGAAAGAGGAAAAAGAAGAAAAAAAUUAUAUUCUUAUCCUCUAUAUACUUAUUUAUUAAGAUUUUUAUUCCCAAGGCUGGACAUUU